UUUCUCCCUAAAGCAAAUAGUGGUUAGAACUAAGACGUGUUGAGUCCUGACCUGUCAGAACGUGUCCAUACAGUAGCCCGGCAAGGCUGCUUUAUUAUGAACCAUCAAUACGGACAGGAACAUCACGCCAGCUUCACCCUGCAAGCUGCUGCUUUCGCUCUUUGUCUCCUCCCCGGUCGUGACGUCCGACUGACUCCACGUCCUGGCGGCUGCCGGCGCCGACAUGGUCUGCGCUCAGGCUGCGCGCAUGGUGUAGCGGCGCGCCCGAGCAGUGCACCGUUUUCCCGGUUCCCAGCGCAGCCAGACACCGGGACCAUGGGCAAAAGGAAAACCAACAAGUUUGCCCGCCCGCAGUUUUCCCCAAUAGGGCAAACGAAUAACACCGGAGGGCUGGAGGAGGAGGUGGCUGCAGACGUUUUCUCGCCAGCCGGGGAAUUGCUUGAGAAAUUACAGAGUGUGUCACCUGAUGUUCGAGAAUUUGCAUGUGCAAGUAUUUCAAAACUUGUCCAGGAGAAAAAGGUGAUCCCUUCAUUUCUGCAGAAAGAUGCCAUUAGGUGUUUGGGCCCUAUGCUGCUUGAUCCAAGUGUUGCUGUCAGGGAGACAGCUGCUGGUGCACUCAGAAAUCUUAGCGCUUGUGGAGGAUAUGAUGUUUGUGAUGAGAUGGUGAAGCAAGAUGUUUUGACCCCCCUUACUGCACUGUUGCGGGAGUGCUGUACGGGUUUAGAUACCAACAUGGCCAAUCCUCAAAAAAACCAAGUUUCUGAUAAAAAUUAUAUCGAGGACGUAUCCAAUGAGGCUAUCCAUCUUCUCUGGAAUUUGUGUGAAAGCAGCAGCAGGGCGGUGUCUGUUUUCAACAAAGAAGGUUUAUUGGAUAUCUGUAUUCUGUGCCUGAGACGGUUCAAUGACAAUAUUGAAUUGGCAAUUUCCGCCGCUUAUUGUUUACAGACAGUCACUGAAGACAAUACCGAGCUUUUGGCGUCCUUAGUUCCCCUGGCCCUCCAAGUGUUGGAAGUGGUGCUUCUAUCCUCAGAAGAUAUCACAGAACAUCUGCUCCUGAGGACCCUCGUAGCAGGUACGGUAUGGAAUGUGAAGAGCAUUGUCCCUUCCAGCAGUCAAGCAGACACUAUAAAUGCUGUUAUAAGGAUUCUUGCAGAAACCUUGGAGAAGAAUGCCAGCCAGAUAAUUCUAACACUCAGGCAGGCUGCAUGUGGAAUCCCAAAGGCUGAGGCAGAGACUGAAAUGGAGGAGGAAAUGAUUGAUACAAAUGAGAAUGUUACUCCCAAACUGGAGGAUGGGACAGGAAAAAUACCUCAUCAAAGUCAAGCAGAAAAUGUGACAAGUGAAGACAUUUCAGAUUUCCUACCAACCCGGAGUGAGGAGUUGAGGCAUGCCACUGCUCUGCUUGCUGCUCAACAGAAUGCCUUGGAGAUCAUUGUCAACAUGUGUUGCUCUGAAGAUCCUUCAGAUGAUGAAUGGGAGGAGAUGUCAAGCAGUGAUGAAAGUGAUAAUUGUAUGACUGAAGGGUCCGGGACACUUUUCUCUCCUCUCUGCUUGUCUGCAGAGGUUCACUCUGCACUCAUUAACUACCUUAUUCCAAAAAAGGUUUUGGAGAAGACAGAAUUCACAGACAGUGUAACAGUAGAUGCAUGUAUGGAAAGUCCUUCAUGGCGACAUUUGAUUGAAAAAAUGAAGCGAAUACAAUGCAGAGCACUGACCUGCCUGCAUAAUCUUUUAUCAGUAUUGGAUGUGGAGGGGCUUGGUGGACCAGAUGCACUUUAUUCUCUUUCACAGCAUCUUGGAAAGCUUGUUUUCUCUCAGUCAGAGGUCCCAAAGGACUCGGAGUUCUUAGAGGCUGUGACAAGUGCUAUAAGGUCAUUGAUGCAGAUCAUGUCUUCCCAUAAUCUUCCUCAACAAUGUAUGAGUGCAGAGCAGCUAAUGAUAUUAUGUGAAGCAGGAGCCCAGUGCGAAAACACCAGUGCUCGAGUCAAUGUGGUUGCCAUGAUGGGAAUUAGUGGUAACGUAAUUGCCAAAGAGGAUAACACAGCUGAAACUCUCAAGAUGAUGGGUAAUUUUUUGCUCCAAGUAGUCACCAAGGAUUCUUCACUCGUAGUCGUAGGUGAAGCCCUGGAUGCCAUCAUUGAUGUCUUUGCUGAUGGAAAAGAGGCGGACAAGGCAGCAGAUGAGAUGAAGCUGGUCCAUACCCUGAAGUCCUUCCAACCAGUUUUCAAAUUGAGGAUCCAAAAGGAAGGAAAAGGUAACCUCACCGUAGAUCAACGAUUGGUCCUUGACAACGUGAAGAUUAAUCUACGGCGAUUUAUUGCCUACCGUGAAGCUUUAAUGAAAAAAUAAGCAGAGAUCCAUGGAGGCUGGUUUGAAGUUGAGCCAAAAUUUGUAUUUUCACUUGAACUUGUUCCAACAUUCAAUUGUAAAAUGGCUGAUAUUUAGUAAUCAGUGUAUAAAAACUGGAUUUGUGCAUUAAAUAUUUUUAUUAAAGUUUCAGUAUACUUUUAAAAAGCUUUUAAUUUAGUAAUAUUGAUAGUUCAUUUCAUAACUACUUAGAAAAGCAAACCAGUUUUUAAUUUUCUUAUGUUGGUCAAAUUAAAAACUCUUUUCGAAAACAUAACUAAACCACCUUGU